GCAGGCGCCUAGAUAGAACCCAUACCUUAAAAUCUCGACCCCAUACACAGAGUACACCAACAUACAUCAUCCAUCGGACUUCCCAUAAAUAAGCCCGAGUCCAAUGGCCGCACGGUACGAUCGCGCGGUGACCAUUUACUCACCCGAUGGCCACCUGCUGCAGGUGGAGUACGCCCAGGAGGCCGUGCGCAGGGGUUCCACCGUGGUGGGUCUGCGCACCAACAACGCCAUUGUAAUCGGCGUGGAGAAGCGGUCCGCGGGCGAACUGCAGGAGGAGCGAGUGGUGCGCAAGAUCUGCCUGCUCGACGACCACUUGGUGAUGACUUUUUCGGGUCUCACCGCAGACGCACGGAUCCUGGUGGGCCGCGCCCAAAUGGAGGCCCAGAGCCACCGCCUGAAUUUCGAGAAGCCCGCGACCGUGGAGUACAUAACGCGAUACAUAGCCCAGCUGAAGCAGAACUACACGCAGAGCAACGGAAGACGUCCCUUUGGAUUGUCCUGCCUGGUUGGCGGCUUCGACGAGGACGGCACUCCGCACCUGUUCCAAACGGAGCCCUCGGGCAUCUUCUACGAGUGGCGGGCCAGCACCACCGGUCGCUCCAGCCAGCCGGUCCGCGACUACAUGGACAAGCACGCGGACGAGAUUCUGGCCUGCGCCGACGAGGCUACGGCCGUCAAGCACAUAGUCCGCACCCUGGUCAGCGUCUCCUCGCUGAAGCACAGCCAAAUGGAGGUGGCGGUGCUCAGGUACCGCCAGCCACUGCGUAUGAUCGAUGGCAAGGUCCUGGCCGAUCUGGAGCGCUCCGUUCGCGCGGAACUGGAGGCCGAGACGGAGGCCAAUCGGCGGACCCGAGUUCCCUAGUUCCAUCAUGGCCAUCAUGGCCGCCGUGGCUCCGGGCCGUUUUCAUGACCAAUCAAAAGUUGAUAACCGGCCGAGCUCUCCUCUUCUGGGCAAUUCAAUUUCGGCCGGGGAGUUGGGGAAAAGUAAUCAGCAGGAAAAAUGUGUAAAGCGGGCAAAUCACUUAAUUUGUCUCGAGGGCGUCUUUGUUUACGUUAUAUCGCUCACAGCGGAGAUGCGUACGCUCCUUUCCGGCCAACCAAGUUAAAAAGUUUUGAGUGAAAAUGCGAAUUGAAUUUGCAGAGGAAAAACAGGAAAGUGCGCAUGCAGAAAAUGUUUGUCAAUCGAAAUGGUAUCUCCCGAUUCGCCUUUGAUUUCGGGCAGAACGUCAAUUGGGUUAAUAAAUUCCUAAGGUGCCACGGGAUAUCCAUUAACCCCGAUGGGAAGGGCAUCGUUUUCUGA